UACUAAUUCAUACAACCGUGAUUUACUUUUAGAUGGCGUUUUUACAGGAAGAAUAACCACGACAUAGAGAUAUUCGGGAACAUUGCAUUUAUAACUAGGAAAAUUUGUUUAAUUUUCAUCAAAUAUGUCAGAUCCCUAUGGAGAGCGUGCCAAUUUACCGCCUAUUGGAAAUGGAGCACCACCACCGCCGCUUAUGCCUUUGCCGCCUGGCAUGAGGCCGCCUGCACCGACAUUUUUACCAAAUAUCCAACAGAUUCCGCCUCCUCAACCUUGGCACAAUACAGGUCCUCCUGCAGAACAAAACAGCAGUCAAGUUCCGCCACCAACUCAGCAGCAGCAACAACAACAGCCCCCUCCGGUUACCAAUCAAAAUGAGGUGGUGAAUGGAAAUUCUGAUUCCGGAGACGGGUCUUCGAAUGGCGAGAGUUCAAAUCAGGAUGGCAAAGACGGUGCAAAAUGUCCUGAAGUUGUACUGCCCAAGGCAUUGGAGGAUGUGCUAGCCUUAAAGGAUCAGAGAGCAGCAGAGUUCGAUGUGAAUACUGAGGAUUUUUCCAAUGUUGAUAAUACUGGUCAACCUGCUGGACAUUCUGGGGGCGUUAUAAGCAAUGAUUAUGCAGAUGCUGGAGAAGAUUCUGAUGAUGAAGGAGAGAAUCUAGUAAAUGGCAGUGCCCCGUCUAAAGCAGGCAAGUUAAGUAAAGUAGAAAAGAACAAAAAGAAAAAGCGGCGGAAGAAGCUGAACAAACAGAUUAAAAGACAACAGGAGCAGGCACGCGUUGAAGAAAAAUCUAGGGAGGCGGAAACAGUUGGAGAUGAUACUGAAGAUAAUCAAGAAAAACAAAAAGAGGACAGCUCCGAGAAGGAAGUAAAAUCUAAGGAAUCCAAGUCUAAACACGGUGACAGAAAGAAGGAGACUGAAUCUAGUAGCAACGGCAAAGGCGACAUCGAAGCCACCGCCGAAGAUGUUACCAUUGAGUAUGUCCCUGAAAGAAUUACUAUCGCUGACUUAGCACCCAUGUAUCGCCAGUUUUAUAGAGUAUUUGAAAUUUUCAAAUUGGAAAACAAACCCAAGGUUUCAGAAAAGGAGAAAGCAGCAGCAGAGAAUGCAGAAGCAAACUCCAAUCAAAAGAAAGCUCUAAGUCGUGUUCCGGAAGAGGAAGAAGAGGAGGCCGAUGAAGAUAAGAUCGAAGACAAAGAAAAGCUGUCAAAGAGAAAAUUGAAAAAACUCACGCGCCUCAGUGUAGCUGAACUUAAGCAGCUGGUCUCCCGACCCGAUGUGGUCGAAAUGCAUGACGUCACUGCCAGAGAUCCCAAAUUGUUGGUGCAGCUCAAGGCUUACCGCAACACGGUGCAAGUACCACGACAUUGGUGUUUCAAGCGAAAAUACCUUCAGGGAAAACGGGGUAUUGAAAAACCACCAUUCGAUUUGCCGGCAUUCAUUAAAAAAACGGGCAUUAUGGAAAUGCGCGAAUCGCUUCAAGAGAAGGAAGAUGCAAAAUCAUUAAAGAGCAAGAUGCGCGAACGAGUGCGUCCAAAAAUGGGUAAAAUUGACAUUGACUAUCAGAAGCUGCACGAUGCCUUCUUCAAGUGGCAAACUAAACCCAAAAUGACCAUUCAUGGCGAUCUUUACUACGAGGGCAAAGAAUUCGAAACACGCCUCAAAGAAAAGAAACCAGGAGACUUAUCUGAAGAAUUGCGUAUAGCUCUGGGAAUGCCUGUUGGGCCGAAUGCCCACAAAAUUCCACCACCAUGGCUAAUUGCUCAGCAGCGUUAUGGCCCUCCUCCUUCGUAUCCCAAUCUUAAGAUACCUGGUUUGAAUGCUCCCAUUCCUGAAGGCUGUUCAUUCGGCUACCAUGCGGGUGGGUGGGGUAAACCACCUGUUGACGAAAAUGGCAAGCCAUUAUAUGGUGAUGUCUUCGGAACAAAUAUUGUGGAUUUGGAUAAUGGCAUUGAUGAGGGUGACAUUGAACGCAAUCAAUGGGGAGAAUUGGAAUCAGAAUCGGAAGAAUCUUCAGACGAAGAAGAAGAGGACGGUGAAGAUAUGACAAAUCAACCCGACGAAAGUGGUUUGGUAACUCCGGCUGAGGGUCUGAUUACGCCAUCAGGACUUACCAGUGUGCCGACAGGAAUGGAAACGCCCGAAAAUAUUGAAUUGCGUAAAAAGAAAAUUGAGCAGGAAAUGGAAGACAAUGAGACACCAGUUUUGUAUCAUGUUUUGCCUGAAAAACGUACUGACCGCAUUGGCGCAUCGAUGAUGGGUUCGACACAUGUGUACGAUGUCGGUGGGGUAAAACAGGCCGCAGCGAGAGCUACUGUUGCAUCGGGUAGAGAAGGAACCGUUGAAUUGGCCUUGGAUCCCUCGGAGUUGGAUAUGGAUAAUGACGCAAUGGCCCAACGCUACGAACAGCAAAUGCGUGAACAACAAAAUCAUUUACAGAAAGAAGAUUUGUCAGAUAUGUUGGCUGAACAUGUUGCUCAGCAGAAAUUCAAACGCAAACGUCAACAAGCCGACCCAGCCAAGACAACCAAGAAGUAUAAAGAAUUCAAGUUUUAAAUCCAUACGAAGGUACAUUAGUUAUUCGGUUCAAUUAGUCUUAAAUAUUAAUAAAGAGAAUGUGGAAAUAUAUUCUAUCCAUUCCCAAACAAUGGAUAUACAAAAAUGAAACGGAUAAUGCAUCCCAAUAACCUUAUAAGCGAUGCAACUGUGGAACACAGUCAUUGUUUCCAAAUAAAGAUCAAUGUCCCCAACAACUAAAAAAAUAGAACACCAAUAA